GCAGGGUCCAGCAGUGAGAGCCUAUGACGAAGAUCCGCAGGGGCGCCCAUGUUACAACAAAGAAAGCAACGCCCACCAUCUACCUGAACACCUCCACCCCGGCGCCUCUCUCGCCAGCCUGCGCUGCGACCCCCGGCCCUUUCUCCCCACGACGCCGCGAUUCCCUUAGAUGGCCGAGUACUCGGUCUACCAAAGGGGAGUCGGCCAAACAUUCUAUCCGCAACACACAACAAACAUUCGAAACCUCCCAGGCCGCGUUCGGUCGCCCACCACCACCGCCCGCAUCCCUUUCAGUAACCCCGACACCCCCUCGCCCUCGCGAUCGCCCGGACGCCAGCAGUCCCCCCAGCAGUUCGGCAUGUUCAACCAGCAGCAUGGUCACCAGACCCAGCACGUCAUGAUGAAUGGGCGCAACACCCACCAGAACUACGCCAUGCAGAUGAAUCUGGCCGGCAAGACCUUCCCGCACAACCAGACCCACCAGCACCAUGGCCAGCACCAUCAGCAGCACCAAGACCAUACUGGCGGCGCCCAUGGCGGACAGUACAACCACCAGCACAACCUCUCGAGCGGCAACAUGUCGAACGCGCAGCCCCAUUUCGGCCAGGCCCACAUGCAGAACAGCACGCCGAACAGCGUCCACAGUGGGCUCAGCAAACCACCGAACGAGCACUGGGCAGAGCAGCUGCGACUGGCACAGACGGCGCGGGAAAUGACACAGUCGCACUCGCACGCCAGGAUUCACCCGAGCGUGAGCAAGAGCGUUGUCGCAGGCACAGGCAAUGGCUUGUCGAAGGAGCCGGACAAAGAAGAGCGCAACAGGCCCGCAGUUGGAGGAGCAGCUGAUGGCAAGGGCGACCACAUUUGGACUAUCUUGGACUUCGGCGGCCAGAACCUGAAAGUGAUCACGCCUGCGCUGUUCAACUACACUUUCCUCACGAAGCUCUACAUCAACUGCAACAAGCUGUCGUACAUUCCUCAGAGCAUCGGACAGCUACGGAGCCUGACGCACCUGGAUCUUUCCCUCAACAACCUGCAAUAUCUGCCCCCGGAGAUUGGCAUGCUUGUGAACCUGAAGCAGCUUCUACUUUUCGACAACCACCUCGACAAUCUUCCCUACGAACUCGGCUCUCUGUUCCAGUUGGAAAUGCUCGGCAUUGAAGGCAACCCGCUGCCGGACGAUCUGAAGCAAAUAAUCAUGGAGCAAGGAACGGCAGAAUUGAUUAAGCACUUCCGGGAGAACUCGCAAGGUCCAGAAGCACCGAACGAACGAGAUUGGAUCGUGCUCGACGAGAUCCAGGAUCCAGACCAGGAGACCGUUACCGCGUUGAGCUACAACAUCCUCUGCGACAAAUACUGCACACAGGCUCAGUAUGGAUACACGCCCACUACAGCGCUGUCAUGGGAGAAUAGAAGGGAGACGAUUUUGGGCGAACUGCGAGAGCGCAAUGCCGACAUAGUGUGUUUGCAGGAGAUUGACCAGGACAGUUUCAAUGAGUACUUCCGCGAGGGCCUGGCCCACAACGACUACAAGGGUGUAUUCUGGCCGAAGUCUCGAGCGCGCACGAUGGCAGAUAGAGAAGCUAAGCUUGUCGAUGGCUGUGCUAUCUUCUACAAGAACAGCAAGUACAUCUUGUUGGAUAAGCAGCUCAUCGACUUCGCCAACACUGCCAUCAAUCGACCAGACAUGAAGGGAGAGCACGACAUCUUCAAUCGCGUCAUGCCUCGUGACGACAUUGCGGUCGUUGCUUUCCUGGAGAAUCGCGCCACAGGUUCAAGGUUCAUUGUUUCAAACGUUCACGUCUUCUGGAACCCAGCAUUCACUGACGUCAAGCUUGUGCAAGUCGCCAUCCUACUGGAAGGAAUCAAGACGUUUGCCAACAAAUGGGCGAAGUUCCCCGCAUGCAAAGACAAGGUCGUGUACCGCUUCACGAACGGUGACACCGAAGACGGAAAAGAGCCAGACCCUACGCAGGAACCAGGACCGUCAAAGGAGUAUUCAGAUGGAACACAGAUCCCGCUCAUCUUGUGUGGUGAUUUCAACUCUCUGCCUACAUCCGGUAUCUACGAUCUCAUCACGACCGGUAGCAUGUCCAACGUCCACGACGACCUUGGCAGCCGAAAGUACGGUAACUUCACCAGAGACGGUAUUUCUCAUCCUUUCAGCCUGAAGUCCAGUUACUCGUCCAUUGGAGAGCUGUCGUUCACUAACUACACCCCGUCAUUCGUGGGCGUUCUGGAUUACAUUUGGUACUCGACAAACACGCUACAAGUCGUUGGACUGCUCGGCGACAUCGACAAGAACUACCUGCAGCGAGUACCCGGAUUCCCCAACUACCACUUCCCCAGUGACCACAUUGCUCUGUACGCUCAGUACAUCGUCAAGGGCCAGAAACAGGCGAAGAAGGUAUCCGAAGUCGACUUUGGGCCAAGCUCGAACCGGGAUCGGAGAAACUGAGCCGGGUUGCAAAUCCUUCCAGCUCCGCAUGCAGCUGGUGCGCCUCGACUGUAAUUCUCCGCGGGCGUGCAUGCGGAGUUGUGUGUUGUUUUCAAGGCGUCCGUUUGCUCGGUGUUCGGGUUGCUCUUCUCGCUGUUAAAUCUCUAUG